CGCGUGGUUGCGGCAUGCAUCGGCGCGACUCGGCUGUUCGAACGUGUGUGUCGAUCUUAGAAUCGCAAGACCAUUAACUACAUUCAGUUAUACGCCAAAGUCCGAAGUAAUAACGCGCUUCGAAACAUUAAAAUUAAUAUAUUAUUUGAAAUAAUAUAUAUCGUUUAUAACCCCGGGAAGUGAUAUUAAAAAUUUACGUAAGUUGAAUGCCUGAUCAAGAGAUGGUUGAGAACCGUGACCUGGUAGCGAUUAAGGACUGGCUCUGCAGACAGCCUCACUUGCCGCACGAAGUUGAUGACAUUCUCUUGCUUCGAUUUCUGAGCAGCGCAAAGUACAGCUUGGAAAAGGCCAAGAAGACCAUAGACCUGUUCUUCACCGUCCGCUCUAAUGCGCCGGAGCUGUUCUGUAAGAGAGAUCCCUGGGCACCCGAGAUCAAACGGAUCUUUGAUGUCACCGACAUGCUACCUCUGCCGAACAAAACGAAAGAGAACUACAAAGUGUUCAUAUAUCGUCUGAGCACCACGGAUCUGGAUCUGUUCAACUUCGUAGACGCCGUUAAGACUUUCUUCAUGCUGGCCGAUACGAGGCUGACGGAGGACCAGGACGUUCCCGCCGGAGAAGUCCCGAUAUUCGACUCUGCUAACGUGACUUUGAAGUUCAUCGGGAAAAUCAAUCUCUCGGCGCUUAGAAAAUAUAUGAUUUACACACAGGAAGCGAUGCCCAUACGACUGAAGCAAGUACACGUGAUCAAUGCUCCUUCGUAUAUCGGCAAAUUGUACGCCAUCUGCAAACCCUUCCUCAAGACUGAAGUCGCCAAACUGAUUAAAUUUCACGAGCCGAACUCCGACACUCUAUACAAAGACAUUCCACAAGAAAUACUGCCUUCAGACUACGGCGGCGAAGCUGGCUCCGUCGAACAAAUCAAAAGGGAAUGGAUUAAAAAGAUGGAAGCCAAAAGAGAUUGGUUUUUAACUAACGAUAAGCGCUGGGCGGUCGACGAAUCUCAACGGCCCUCCAGUUGUCAGGACGCAAGAGUGGACAAACUCAAAGAUCUACCGGGCUCGUUCAGAUCGCUCGCUUUGGACUAAUUAUAAUA